GGAAUUCGCGAUACGUCGUAGUCUGCUUACUCUACAGUAGUGCGGGAGUGCGGGCAGCGGAUACAAAAGUUAAGGAUCGAGAAAAAAUUCCUCGCGCCCGGCUCAGCGGCUAAACCCUUUUCGUCGCUAGUUCCCACUUAGCGCACUGUCUCUGUGGGUAAUUUCGGAAGCUGUCCAUCUUCACACUUGUUAACAUAAAAUCUUUUCCUGGGGCCAAAAAUACAUCAACUCCUUCUUCCCAUUCUUCUUCUUGUUUUUCCAACAUCAACCACCUUAAUACCAUCUCCUCUCAAUCCCUUUCGAUCUUCAGAUCAUCAACACCGUCAAUAUGAGCAACUUACCACCAAAGAAGGAGUCCGUCAUGGGCGUUCCACCUUUCGUCAUUGACUUCUUGAUGGGUGGUGUUUCCGCUGCCGUCUCCAAGACCGCUGCUGCUCCCAUCGAGCGUGUCAAGCUCUUGAUCCAAAACCAGGAUGAGAUGUUGAAGACUGGUCGUCUUGACCGUAAAUACGAUGGUAUCGUUGAGUGCUUCAAGCGUACCACCGCACAAGAAGGUGUUGCCUCCUUAUGGAGAGGUAACACUGCCAACGUUAUCCGUUACUUCCCUACACAAGCCUUGAACUUCGCUUUCCGUGAUACCUACAAGUCGAUGUUCAACUUCAAGAAGGACCGUGAUGGAUAUGCUAAGUGGAUGGCCGGUAACUUGGCUUCCGGUGGUGCUGCUGGUGCCACUUCCCUCCUCUUCGUCUACUCCCUCGAUUACGCCCGUACCCGUCUUGCCAACGACAACAAGAACGCCAAGACCGGUGGUGACCGUCAAUUCAACGGUUUGGUCGAUGUUUACAAGAAGACCCUCGCUUCCGAUGGUAUUGCCGGUCUCUACCGUGGUUUCGGUCCUUCCGUUGCUGGUAUCGUCGUUUACCGUGGUCUCUACUUCGGUAUGUACGAUUCCAUCAAGCCAGUCCUCCUUGUUGGACCUCUUGAGGGUAACUUCCUUGCAUCCUUCUUGCUCGGAUGGACCGUCACCACUGGUGCCGGUAUCGCCUCUUACCCAUUGGACACCAUCCGUCGUCGUAUGAUGAUGACUUCUGGUGAGGCCGUUAAGUACAAGUCUUCCUUGGAUGCUGGUCGUCAAAUCGUUGCCAAGGAGGGAGUUAAGUCUCUCUUCAAGGGUGCUGGUGCCAACAUUCUCCGUGGUGUUGCAGGUGCCGGUGUCUUGUCCAUCUACGAUCAAAUGCAAGUCUUGAUGUUCGGAAAGGCAUUCAAGUAAAUGUAUGUAGAAUGGAGUCAAGGGGGGGUUGAUUGUAGUGGUGGUUGAUGAUAAUGCGAAAUGAGCGCCUUUGGGGUCGGUCGCCGUGGUUGAAAAGCGACAAGGUUGAAGUUGUUACAGACAUCCAUUGCUAUGGUGUUGGAGCAACUUGCAAUGAUAGUUUGCCAUAAAAAAAAAGAUUAGACAAACUAGUCGCUGCUGUACUUUAUUACCUAAGCAAUUUUUCCCUGUUCCUCCUUUUGAUCUUGUUGUCUCCAAAGUUUUGUCUCGUUUGAUUUUCAUGUGCCGAAAAGUUUCCUUUUACUUGAUUAUUUUGCGCCGCGAAUUCAAUAGAUAGAUUACGAAGAGGGAUGAAUGGUAGUUUUAGGGGUGUUAAAAGACUCAGGUUUUAUAAAGUUUUAACUAUUUAUGUUUUCAGUCUUGCAUGUUGUAAUAUUAUGCUGAUGUGGGUAUGUCGUGAUUGCAAGAGUGAGUGUUAAAUUGAUUGAUUUGUGUGAGGUUAAAGUAAAGUGAAAGCGUAAGCAAGUGAUCAAUUGAGUGGUGUGGAUCUGAGAGAUGUAUAGAUGAGUGGAAGUAUAUUUGAUGUUGAUGAACUAAGACUAGGGAAAGUUGGAGGCAAGGGGGGAGAAUGGAGGGAGAUAUUUUUAUGUGGGAUGUGUAGAAUAUGGGGA